UAUCCAAGUUUCAUUUUUUCCUUGUCAAAAUUGUAUUUAAUGAAUUUAACUAAUUUCUUUUAAUAAGUAGGCCUUAUUGAAAAACAACUAUUUAUAAACGAAGACCAAAAGUUUUGGAGGAAAAAUAACCGGUAUACCUAGAUGUGACCGGAAUGACUUGACACGUUUUCAUAGAGAGGUUAUUUUCGAGAUUAUCGAGCCGAAUGUAGACUUUGGACACUGUGCAUCAUUGAAAGGUUGACAGAAUUUAACGAAGAGCACAUGAUGACCAAUAUGUUCCGUUUAAUCGUUUCACCAAUGGUACUAUACAGUAGUUUAUUUUGAAAUGUGAAUUUAAGUUCGAUCUAAUUUAUGACCCCAGGCUCGUCAAAUUGGGAAGAAUUCUAUAAGCUCCUUGUCUGCUGUCACUAUGACGUCCACCCAGCCUCAGAAACUCAAGGGUCGCAUGUUCUCUGUGCAAGCUGCGCUGCCAAAGUUCCCAGUUGCCCCUCUGGAGCAAACGCUGGACAAGUACCUGCAGACACUUCGACCACUUGUGUCUGAUCAGGAGUUUGAACAAGCAAAAAAGCUGUGUGAGGACUUCAAGAAUGGUGUAGGUCCCGAGUUACAAGCCAAGCUGAUAGAGAGAGCUGGGAAACACACAAACUGGCUUUCUGAUUGGUGGCGUAACAUUGCCUACCUAGAUGUCAGGGAACCCUGUGUAAUCAAUUCAAACCCAGGGGUCCUGUUUCCUAGGGGAAAUUUCAACGACCUUGAAGGUCAAUUAAACUAUGCCUCGAGACUGAUUGCUGGUUUACUGGAUUACAAGGUCAUGAUUGAUGAGCAGACCUUACCAGUGGAGCACCUAGGCAAGAGCCCGCUGUGCAUGAUGCAGUACUACCAGGUGCUCUCUGCGUGCAGGAUACCCAGAGUCAACAAGGAUGAGUGGGUGUGCUUCCCCCCGGACCGGCCCGACCCACCCAGACACAUCACUGUCGUGUACAACAACAAUUUCUUUGAGGUACCAGUCUACGGCAGUGACAACAAACCCUUAAACACGUCCCAGCUUAAGGGUCAGCUUGAACAUGUAGUGAAACAGGGAUCAAAACAGGGGCCACCUCUUGGUCUCUUUACUCUGGAGUACAGAAACAACUGGGCCAACGCUUACCAGAAUAUGUGCAAAGAUGAAACCAACCGCAGAUCCUUGGAGUCAAUACAGCGCAGUAUAGUGGUGCUCUGCCUGGACCAACCUAAUCCCUCCAGCACCGACCUGCGCACUAAAUCAGGCCAGCAAAUGUUACAUGGCGCAGGCUCACAUGGGCACUCAGGCAACCGGUGGUUUGAUAAAACUAUUCAGUUUGUGGUGGGUCAGGACGGAUCAUGUGGACUUAACUACGAGCACACAACGGCAGAGGGGCCCCCUAUAGUCCAACUCAUGGACCACUGUCUGGAUUACAUUAACAAGGGUUCUGAUUGGCCAGCAGCUGAUCAAGUGACCACUCCUAAGAUGCUUCAGUUUAAUCUGUCAUCAGAUGUGGAGAACAGCUUAAAUCUGGCUAAGGAGAAUGCAGAUAAACUAGUGAGCGAUUUGGAUCUUAAAGUUUUCACUUUUGAGGAUUUUGGAAAAGAUUUCCCCAAGUCACAGAAGGUGUCACCAGACAGCUUUAUACAGAACGCCAUUCAGCUGGCUUACUAUAGACAUCACAAACGACCAGUCGGAACUUACGAGUCAGGCUCAAUCCGAAUGUUCCAGCUUGGCCGUACGGAGACAAUACGCUCCUGCUCUUCAGAGUCUGUGGCCUUCACCAGGGCCAUGCUGGACCCUGCCGUGUCAGACGGGCGCAAGGCGGAGCUACUGCGGCGGGCCAUAGACAGCCACAAGCAAUAUACGAAUGAUGCCAUCUCUGGGAAAGGCAUAGACAGACAUUUCCUGGGCCUGGCUCUAACAGCACAAGAACACAACAUAGAGCUGCCAAAGUUAUUUAAGAACAGAAACUUCAUCUUCAGCAAAACUUGGAGGAUUUCUACUAGUCAGGUGCCUGCAAAAUCCGAGUCAGUUAUGUUCUUUGGGCCAGUGGUCCCGGAUGGAUACGGUUUUUGCUACAACCCCCAGGAAAAGUGCAUCCUAUUUGGUGUCUCUUCCUUCAAGAGCAAUGACAAAACUCUACCAGCGGCUGAAAUGUCAGAGCUUGUGGCGAACAGUUUGCGUGAUAUGAAGAAAGUGCUUUCCAGCUCUGUGAAGUCCAGUUUGUAACAGUUAUAUUUAUAGACAUAAAAAAUUAGUCAUUAAUAGUUAUUGUAUACUUUUAAAUAGGAAAAAAAGAAAAAUACGUUGAGAAGGCAAAUAUGUAGUUUAAAAUGAGCAGCUCUCUUCGAAAACUGGGCUGCAUGCAUUUGCCGAAACAAUUUUCCAGAUUAGCCUGUGCAAAAAUCAGUGAAAACUCAUACCGCUUCUGUUAAAAAAAAAAAUGGAAUCUGGUCUAAAUUAAUAUCCAGUCUAGAUUGAAUAUGUCGUCCCAUAAUACCUCAUAUUUUUUCGUAAUUGUUAUUUACAUGCAUUAAUAAAGGACUUUUUGAUGGUUACUAUUGUUCCUGUUCCAGUGAUAUCUCUUCACUAAAUACAUUCAUAUAUCAAUAAAUAUAUUUAUCAGAAA